AGGAGCCUAAAGGUUGUGUGCUUGAGCUUUUAUAGCAUGCAGUGAGAGUGUGCAGGAUCUUUUCACAGUGACAAUGGCACCCAAAAACAUUGUCAUCUUUGGGGCCACUGGAAUGACUGGUCAGGUGACCCUGGCACAUGCCCUGGAUGAAGGAUACAAUGUAACCGUGUUGGUGAGGGACCCUGCUCGCCUCCCCGCUGAUAAGAAACCCUCCCGAAUUGUAGUUGGGGAUGUGCUGAAUAAAAGUGACGUCAACAAAGCUGUAGAGGGACAGGAUGGUGUGGUGAUUGUCCUGGGAACAAGAAGUGACCUAGGUCCGACCACAAUGAUGUCAGAAGGGACUCGGAAUAUUGUGGAGGCGAUGAAAGGGCAUGGAAUUCGCAAAGUGGUGGGCUGCAUGUCUUCCUUUCUGCUAUGGGACAUUGCUAAAGUCCCCCCUCGUCUUCUGCCGGUGACGGAGGAUCACAUCCGGAUGCACCAGGUCCUGAAGGACUCCGGACUGGACUAUGUGGCUGUGCUCCCUCCACACAUUGCAGCUGAUAAGCCACUCACCACAGAUUACAAAGUGUCAGAGGAACGAGGAGGUAAUGUGAUAUCCACUCAUGACCUCAGCCACUUCUUCCUUCGGUGCCUGAAGACCAAUGAAUAUGAUGGGAAGAGCGUCACCCUAUCCAAGGAUUACGCCAGUGUGUAACUGCUCCAUCCACUGGUAGCCCCACCGCGUGCUUACAUUUUACAGGAACAAGA